CACAGAAACACAGUUCCUCUCUGCUCUGAUUGACCUAAUGGCGACUGGUGCUGGUGAAUGUCCCAGCAGCAAGGCCGCACAGUACCGGGUGGAUCACCUCCUUAGUGCGGUGGAGAGUGAACUGCAGGCCGGCAGCGAGAAGGGAGACCCCAGCGAGAGGGACCUGAAAGUGACCCUUGAUGAGCUGCAGCUGUGGCAAAAAUUUAAGGACCUCACAAACGAGAUGAUCGUUACAAAGAACGGCAGGCGGAUGUUUCCAGUUCUGAAGGUAAACGUCUCUGGAUUGGACCCACAUGCCAUGUAUUCUUUCCUGCUGGACUUUAUAUCCGCGGACAACCACAGGUGGAAAUACGUUAAUGGAGAGUGGGUACCGGGAGGUAAACCUGAACCCCAGACCCCCAGCUGCGUGUACAUCCACCCGGAUUCUCCAAACUUCGGGGCCCACUGGAUGAAGGCUCCGGUCUCCUUCAGCAAAGUUAAACUCACCAAUAAACUGAACGGCGGAGGUCAGAUUAUGUUAAAUUCUUUGCACAAAUAUGAGCCACGUAUCCACAUCGUUAGGGUUGGAGGCCCUCGAAGGAUGAUCACCAGCCACUCCUUUCCAGAGACACAGUUCAUUGCUGUAACAGCGUACCAAAAUGAAGAGAUAACGGCUCUAAAAAUAAAGUACAAUCCUUUUGCCAAAGCCUUUCUUGAUGCAAAAGAAAGGAAUGACAACAGAGACAUGAGGGAAGACAUAAAUGAGAAUACACAGUCUGGCUACUCUCAGUUGGGCAGCUGGUUCAUUCAUGGCACAGGGACCCUCUGCACACCCACCAGUCCUCACAGUCAGUUUGGGAGUCCCAUGGCCCCCUCCCCCUCCCAUGGCUGUGAGCGUUUUUCCAGCCUGAGGAACCACCGCUCUGCCCCCUACAGCAGCCCGUACACCCACCGGACCAGCUCACCCACUGGCUACUCGGAUAACUCCUCAACAAGCUUGUCGAUGCUCCCGAGCCAUGAUAACUGGUCCAGUCUGCAGAUGCCGACUCAUUCCAGCAUGAUGCCCAUGGCCCACAAUUCCUCCUCAGGAGCCAACACAAGUCAGUACAGCAGCCUGUGGUCUGUGAGUAACUCCCCACUGACUCCAGUGUCUCAGGGUGGGGGGUUAAACAGCUGCCUGGGCUCCCAGUUCCUCCGAGGAUCAUCCAGCCACUAUCCCAGUCUGUCUCACUCUGCCACAGUGCCCCCCUCUGGCUCUCCCAUGUAUGACAGCAGCUCCGUCACAGAGGUGCAUGAUGCCACCCACUUUGAAUCCUCACCCCUCAGCCGGCUGCCCUCAGCUUGGACCCCUGUUUCCCCCCCAUCUCUUUGAUUAGAGUAUCUCAGGAUUAAUUUAAACCUUCUCCUACAGAUAUUUCAUCACUGGUUAUUUUAAGGGAACUUCCAGACUUUGAUUGGUGAAGUGCAUGUCAGGGUGUUAAACAGGUUUUAA